AUGGCCCCCUCAUCGCUUGCUCGCCCCAUGCUCCGCUCGCCGGCCCUGCGCCAGCUUGCCUUCCGCCGCUUCGAGAGCUCCGCCGCCAGCAAGGCCACCGACGCCGCCAAAGAUGCUGCCGGCAAGGCCAAGGAGUACCAGGCAAAGGCUGCGCAGGGGCUGUCGCGCGUCGCGGGUGCCGCUGGCCCUGCCAUUGCCGGAGCUGCUCGUGGCCUCACCAGCGCGCUCGGCAAGGUCGGUGGACGCACUGGCAAGCUCAUCAGCUUCGUUGAGAAGCAAACCCCUCAGGCCGUCUACUACGGCAAGGUUGCCGUCGAGACUAGCAAGAUUGUCUUCCACGCCCAGAAGAUGAGCCCUCCUUCCGUUGCCACCUUCCAGAACUUCUACCAGUCCCUGUGGAAGUCUAUCCAGAGCGGCGCUAUCCUCAAGUCUCCCCAGAACCUUCUCCAGCAGGCCCGCAGCCUGACUCCUGGCCAGCUGGUUGCUGGUGGUGUCAUCUUCGCCGAGUGCCUGGGUUUCUUCACCGUUGGUGAGAUGAUUGGCCGAUUCAAGCUGAUUGGCUACCGCGGAGAGACCGCUUCGCACCACUAA